GGCUGUUACAAAAACUCACGCUGGUUUUCUAGCACACACUAAGAAUCCGUCAGUCUGAGAAGUAAUAGGUUAGUAGAACAGACACUCGGGCUUCAAUUUCUGACACUUUUUUUCCUUAGGCAACUUGAAGAGCUAUUACUUUGAAGGCUAUUACUUUUGUAAAAUAUACCUUGAAUCUGGAGACAUUAGUCCGUCAUAUUUCAGGACAGCUGUCUGGCUUUGACAGAUAUCUUGGUGGAUUGUUUUGAUCACAGGAGAUAUCUUCACUGUUUGUGUCAGACUCGUCAACGGACAGAUUGAGCAGCAUGUCAAAGGAGGAGAAACCAGAGAGCGUGUCGCUGUGUCCCUUGGGUGCAGCAGCUGAACCUGAACAGGAGCUGCUGUGCAUAUUUGGGACGGGGGAUUUAGGGCGCUCCCUGGGCCAGCGUCUGCUCCAGUCUGGAUACAGGGUGGUGCACGGCAGCCGCAGACCUCACAACUGUGGCCCCUUACCUCAGGGGGCUCAGGUGAUGAGCCAUGAAGCAGCAGCCCAGUCAGCCAGUCUGGUCUUUCUUUGUAUUCACAGAGAAAACUAUGACUUCCUCACGACUCUUGCACCUCAGCUCAAGGGAAAGGUGCUGGUGGACGUCAGCAAUAACCUGAAGAAGAAUCUAUACCCAGAGGCCAACGCAGAGUAUCUCCAGAGGCUGAUCCCUGGAGCACAUGUCGUGAAAGCUUUUAAUACUUUGUCUGCCUGGGCCCUGCAGAACGGGCCCUCAGAUGCCAACAGACAGGUGUAUCUGUGUGGAAACAAUGUGGAGGCCAAGCAGGCAGUAGCAGAGACUGCAUCCAAACUUGGCUUCUCUGUUCUGGAUAGAGGGUCUCUGAAGGCAGCCAGAGAGCUGGAGGACACCCCUUUGCUGCUCUUCCCUGAGUGGAGGCUGCCGUUACGCCUGGCCGUCGGCCUCAAUGCCUUCUUCUUUUUCUAUCUGCUCAUUAGAGAUGUCGUCUACACGUAUGUUGACCAGGGGAAAAACAACUCCUUCAGAAUAAUGGUGUCACUGGCUAACAAGGUGUUUCCCAUUGUGUCUCUCAUCAUGCUGUCUCUGUGUUACCUCCCUGGUGUCAUAGCUGCCAUAUUUCAGCUGUACAGAGGAACCAAAUACAGGCGUUUCCCUGUCUGGUUGGAUCGCUGGAUGCUUUGCAGGAAACAACUGGGACUGUUAGCACUGGGCUUUGCAUCUCUACAUGUGCUCUACACUCUUAUCAUCCCCAUAAGAUAUUAUGUGAGAUUCAGGAUUGCUGCAAGCACCAUUUCAAAGAUAAAGGAGAACCAAACGUCAGAGUUUGACAUCACCUCAGCCUGGCGUGGUGAUUCUUACUACUCUAUGGGGAUUCUGGGAUUUUGCCUGUUUCUCCUGCUGGGAAUAACCUCUCUUCCCUCAGUCAGCAAUGCUCUCAGCUGGAGAGAGUUCAGCUUCAUACAGUCCAAGCUGGGGUACCUGGCAUUGUUCUUCUGCACCUUUCACACCUACCUGUACGGCUGGGACAGGUUCCUUCAUCCCUCCACCUACAAGUGGUACACACUUCCGGGCUACAUGCUCUCUCUUGUGGUGCCGUCGGUGGUGCUGAUAUUCAAGCUUCUGCUCCUCCUGCCCUGUGUGGACAAAAUGCUCACACGCAUCCGACAAGGCUGGGAGAGGUGCGAUCCAGAGGAGGACGCCAAGAAGUCACUGCUAACAUAGAACGGUCACUAUUCCAGAAAAUGAAAAAACAAUACCAUGUAAAAAAAUAAAUAAAAUCAGGAUGCAAAGUCACCACAUGAUAUAACCGUGAAACAACCAUUUACAAUUGUUCCAGUCUAUACUGUCAACAUAAACAUCAGACAUUAAAUCAGACCAGUCUCUUAUUCCACUUUUUAAACAGUUUGUAAUACAACAUUAUGGAGGUUAAUCAAAUAACUUUAUGGGAUUUGGCUAGGGAAAAAAAAUCUAAGGUGUGCACAGACAACGAUCUCAUGUGCACCAGGAACUAUCACAUGAGCAUAAGAAUGUUUCGGAUGCUUAUGGAAAGGUAUUGCGUGCGCAGGAGAUAGUUUCUUGUUCUCAUGAGAAAAUAUUGCAUGUGCAUGAGAAAGUUCUCCAAUCACUAGAAAGUAAAGUAAUGAUUGUGCACCUAAGGGUUUCUGCCAUUCUGUCUCAGAGGAUGAUCUCUUGCCAUCUCUGUUCUCUGGAGACUUCUUGCAUUGUGAGCAUGUAAAACCUUCUAGUGAGCCCAAGAACAUUUUUUUGUGAGAACAAGAAAUAUUCUUGUGAACAUGGGUUAGUUUCUGAUGUGUACCAGAACUGCUUUAUGUCAUUACUUUCCCUUUCAAAUAGGAUUGUUUUUUCUUAGUUUUACAUGCUGUACUUGUGUCUAUCAAUGUUACAGUCUCUAGCUUGAAGAUGACCAACUUGUUGUAAUCCCCUCAACAACAUAGCAACAUUUUAACCCCCUCAGAUUUUUAUACCUUUAAUUUUCUCAACUUUUUCUUUUUCUACUGUAUUUGGCAGCUUGUGUUUAUUGAAUAUAAAGUGCAUAUUUUUUAUGUAAAUUUAGAUUUUUAGAAAAAAUAAAAGCAAAAUAAAUGAAUAAAAACAUCA